CAUCAAUAGUUAUGUUAUAAUAAUCAAGCAAUAUGAACUUAAAUCAUUAUACGAAGAUUAAUAUGCAAGAACAUUUGGAAUAUGUCCCUUGUCACCCCUUUCCCUGGCGCCGUCAUUGUCUGGAUACGGACUGUACAGUGCGCUGCAGAUUGCGUUGAAUUAGCUGUUUGGUGUUGCCCAUACAGUUUGGAGGCCAUCCCCACACGUUCCGUAUAACGGAAAGAUACUGCAGCAUCCUUUGUUUUCCUUCGCUGGGUAUCAAGAUCUGCUGCCUCCAGUCGGGCGAACAAAGGAGGGGAGACGAGGCUGAUCCUUCCCACAAUCCUUCAGCCACUGGGCCUACUGAUCCGGACCACUGCACUGCUCUGCCUUCUCUCUCCCCCCCCCCCCACCCUAAGGCAGGCAGGCUGUGGGGCAGUAGGAUCAGGGCAGCAGUAAGGGCUGAUUGAUGCUCUGUGGGGAUGAGACCUGGCUGUUGAAGGCCAGUGGAGACGGCUCCCAUUCUCCGCUCGCCUGGCUUUAUGUGCGUGUCUGCAGGCUGCCCUACGUGCAGCAGCAGCAGAGCCACCCCCCGCGUCAGCCACGGCGGCCACCCCGAGCCAUCCAGACAUGCCCACCGAGACCCUGCCGUCGCUGGCAGAUAGCAAACCCACCGGCCCCGGGGCGGCCUUUGUCUCCGCUGUCCCCCUGCGCAUACUCAACAAGGGACCCGAGUACUUCCGGCGCCAGGUGGAGACCAAUCCUAAGCGGCUGAGCGCCGUGGAGCGGCUGGAGGCGGACAAGUCCAAGUACGUGAAGAGCCAGGAGGUCAUCAACGCUAAGCAGGAGCCUGUCAAGCCCCAGCUGCUGGCCAAGCCACCUGUCUGCCCCGCCGUGGCCAAGAGAGGGGCGAAUGGUGGCGGUUGUGGUGGGGUGGCCCUCAAGACAUUCAAUAACAACUCCAAGUCGGACACGUGCGCCACCACCAGCAAACGGGAGAACCUUAACCUGGAGAUACUCAAGAACCUCCUGAACAGCUCCGGUUCGGUCUCUGAGGGCCACGCUAAGAGCGCUACUCUAAAGCCUGGGGCCAGGAGCUUGGCCCCCCACCGCUCCACCCCCACACCCACCACAGACUGCACUGAGCCCACCAGCCUCCGUUCCGUCGCCAAGUCCCUUAAGGUGCCUCCGCCUGCACCCGGCCGACGGAGCCCCCAGGGGGGGAACCUGAACCUCAGUCGCCGGCUGCUGGAGGAGCGGGGCGAGGGCAAUCGCUCACCACUCCAUGCCUCCCACAGCUCAUCCGACAUCCGCAGGCUGUGCAACGGUAAACCUCUAAGGGCGGCCCGAAGCAGCAGCAGCUCCGCACCUCCCUUACCCCCCAAGCCCAGUACCAAAGUCCUUGCCCCCCUCUGCGACAAUGCCCCUCAGACCCCUGAGAGGGAGCCUGCACCGCCCUCCUCUGCCACCCCAGCUGAGCAGUUGGAGCUAGAGUUGGGGAGCUCGUUGGCCCGCCGGCCCUCUCUGCACCGCUCCAAGUCGGACCUGAGCGACCGGUAUGCGCGGGCAGGCGCCGACGUGGAACGCUUCUUUAACUACUGUGGGCUGGACCCUGAGGAGCUGGAGAGCGUGGGCGUGGAGAGCUUUGCUCGCGCCAACUCCGACAUAAUCUCCCUCAACUUCCGCAGCGCCAGCAUGAUCAGCUCGGACUGUGAUCAAUCACGGCAUAGCAACGAGGACAUGACGGACGAGGAGGAAGACGUGAGCGAACGCGUGCCGUACGGAAUCUCGGCCGUGGAACGAAACGCCCGCGUCAUCAAAUGGCUGUACAGCAUCAAACAUGCGCGCGAGUCGCAGAAAGUGUCUCAUGUCUAAAAGAGAAGAAAGAAACAAACUAUUAGACGAUCCUUGCAACAAAACAAAAAAAGACUUCCGAUGGAAUGAAUGUCUUUGGACACUCUGAAUCUCUGAAUGUCAAAGUAUUGACUGGCAAGACGCCCUUGAAUGGAUCUUGCGGUCACUUUUGCAUUCAGUGUUUGUUGUCCUCUGAAUCUGCAUGGCUCCUCCCACCCACCCGCCACUGCGGCCUCCAGCUAAAGCAACAGGUUUAGGAAAAGAUUGCCUUUUUCAAGAUGGCAGCAGUUCAGUUCCGUCUCUUCGAGCAGUACAGCUCUCUCUCAUUGUUUUGCUUUCUGUCUGUUUAGACCAGCACAAUGAUGCCAGCUCUUUUUAGAUGUGUCUUCUUAAUGUCCUUUCUUUCUGAACAACACUGAGCCUGGAAGCCAUACGGGUGUGAAUGCAGCGCUUCAGUGUGUAACCAGUCUUUAGUCUGAUAAUUCUGAGCUUUGAGUGUCUAUAGAAAAAAACUCCCUUGAAAAAAGGGCUGUGAAAGCAUGGUACAGUCCAAACCUGCUUCACCCCUUUGGUACCAGGAGAGUUUGUUUGGUACAUUCCAGACCCUGCCCCCUUCCCGGGGAAACCCCAGAUUUAUCCCCUCCUUUCAGUGUUACUAUGGUGAUAGCAUUCAGGCAGUAUCAUGAAAUCAUUCAGCAUUACGUGGUUUUUGCUUCUGUUUAGUUUGUUGUCCAUAACAUUCUCAUUGGCAGUUUGAUUUUGUGGUACUUGCUUUUCUUUAAGAUAUGUGUAAAUGCUGUAAGAAAAUGUAUAUAAUUUCAAAACUGUUAGAUGUUUGUCAGAGGGUGCCUGUUAAGCUAAUUUACUACAUUGUUCAGUCUUCUCUCUGGGCUUGACUGUGAGACUGCGUCAAACCCAGUUCAUGAUCAAAGUUUUACGACGUUAUGAUGACAUACACUACCGUUCAAAAGUUUGGGGUCACUUAGAAAUGUCCUUGUUUUUGAAAGAAAAGCCCAAAAUGUUUGUCCAUUAAAAUAACAUCAAAUUGAUCAGAAAUACAGUGUGGGACAUUGUUAAUGUUGUAAAUUACUAUUGUAG